GCCUCGCGCAUACCCAGUCACCUUUCUCUCCUCGUGACCGUAGCAUAUGUUCUGCGAACGUCCAUGGCGCUUCCGCGGCUCUGAACAACGGCGCGCUGCUGCAUCGCCGCUGCGGUCCUCGUAGGCAGUCUCGUGUCUUGCGUCGUCGCGUCGCGUCGGAGGAGAUCGCGGAGGAGGCACCGCACGAGGUGUGGAUUACUCGAUCGCCCCCGGGGACUGUAUCGAUUAAUCCCAUCGUUCUCACGGGACUUGGAAUUCGCGGAGCGGGAUCGAGCGAAUUUCGCUUUCAAUCGACCGAGACUUCGCGCCGUCGAUUUCUCACCCCUUCGCUUCGUGUAAUCGAACCAGGACGAAUCGUGAACCUACAUCGGCGGCCACGAGCGACCAGGGAAGAUGAUAAUCGUGAGCGGCGUGUUGCUGAUCCUGGUGGUCGCGUCCAGAGUGGGAUGCCAGCGAAACACUCCGAGGAGCGCCCGAGCUAGCAGAAACGAGGCGGCCUUGGAAUUCGAAUGCCCCGAAGAAUUCGGAUACUAUCCUCAUCCGCGUGAUUGCACGCAGUAUUAUGUGUGCGUUUUCGGCGGCGCUCUGCUCGAGUCCUGCACGGGAGGCCUUAUGUACAGUCACGACCUGCAGACGUGCGAUUGGCCGCGAAAUGUAGGCUGUCCGGAAGGUGGCUCGUCCGUCAAGGAGGUCGAAGAGGAUCCUCUGCUGGAGAGGUCCACGAAGCUCGACACGCUGCAGGAGCAGCAGCAACGGCAAUCGCAGCAACAGCUGCGCGACCAACAGCAGCAGCAGCAACAACAACGACCGAUUCAGAGGCCGAUCACGAUCACGAGCACGUCGCCGCCGGUGUCGCAGAUCACCGAGAGGCAGCUACGACAACGGCAGCGUACGAAUUAUCACGAGGACGAGUACGGGCCCGCCUCGGAGGUCGAGAACGAUCGGCAGCAACGAGUGUACCGAGGACAACCGUCGACGAUCGGUCAGGUGCAGCGCGAUCGCGACGGACUGCGACGGAACAUAAUAUCGGAGAGAGAGAAGGAUAGCCUGGUGAGCGCGCGUGUCCAGGCCGAGACUCACUACAGAACGCCCGUCCCCACGUCGGAAUCACCGAGGCUCGCGAAAACUCUGGCUUCAACCGUGGCACCGGUCCUGUCCAAGGCGUAUUACAGCGACCCGGAUCAGAGUUACCCGUAUUACACCAUUUAUGACGACGACGUCUCCAUUUACAAAGACGACGACUACAACCAGUACACGGUGAACCAUACAGUGCCGGUGCAGCAGCCGAACGUGAGGAUCAGCGAGGUGAACACGAAGCAAUAUCAAAAGCCGAAGAAGGUCGCGGUCAACGAGGCGGACAAGUACAAUCUCAAUCAGGACGUGCAGGACUACGAUAUCUACGAGAAUCAGGCGCAGCUCAACAAGAACAAGUUCCGCAUUACUGACGGUCAGCAGUACAGGACAAACGUGCUUAGCCAUCCCGUGGUCCACGUGACGACGCCGAACGUCAUAGUUGACACUUUUAUACCGUUGACUACGAGCACGCAAACCCCCAGCACGACCAGCAGACCCUACACUGUCAACGCACCGAGCCGAGGUCGACCGCAGCAGAUUCAUCGGGGCACGCCACCGCCGCGAUCCCGACCCACGUUGAAGCCGUCCACUGAGAUAGUCUCGAAGGCGCAGGAGUUCAUCGAUAUCUACAGGUACCCGCCGGUGAGACCGGCGCCGAUCUACCCGACCCCGCAAGUGGAUAAGCCUGCGGCGAAAUGUCGCAAGGACGUCUGCCUACUUCCGGAUUGCAGCUGCGGCGGCUCCGAUAUCCCAAGUGGUAUACCGAUCGAGCAGACGCCGCAGAUCGUUCUGCUCACAUUCGACGACGCCGUGAACGACCUGAACAGGCCGCUGUACGGCGAUCUGUUCGAAAACGGCCGUAAAAAUCCGAACGGCUGCCCGAUCUCGGCGACGUUUUACGUCUCGCACGAGUGGACGGACUAUAGCCAGGUGCAAAAUCUCUACGCGGACGGCCACGAAAUGGCGUCGCACACCGUCUCGCACAGUUUCGGCGAACAGUUCUCGGCGCGAAAGUGGGCACGAGAGGUCGCCGGGCAGCGCGAGAUCCUGUCGGCUUACGGAGGCGUCAAGCUGGAGGACGUCAGGGGGAUGAGGGCACCCUUCUUAUCGGUCGGCGGCAACAACAUGUUCAAGAUGCUUUGGGACACGAACUUCACGUAUGACUCCUCUAUGCCGAUCUAUGAGAACCGGCCGCCCAGCUGGCCGUACACGCUGGAUUACAAGCUCUUCCACGACUGCAUGAUACCGCCCUGUCCCACGAGAUCCUAUCCGGGAUUGUGGGAAGUUCCUAUGGUAAUGUGGCAAGAUCUCAACGGCGGUAGAUGCUCGAUGGGAGACGCCUGCAGCAACCCACCGACACCGGACGGCGUGUACAAGAUGCUCAUUAAGAACUUCGAGCGGCAUUAUACGACCAACAGGGCGCCAUUCGGCCUGUUCUACCACGCCGCAUGGUUCACCCAGCCGCAUCACAAGGAAGGAUUCAUAUCGUUCCUCGACACCAUCGUCGCCAUGGACGACGUAUGGGUAGUCACAAAUUGGCAGGCCAUCCAAUGGAUUAGGAAUCCAACGCCUCUGGCACUCCUCCACACAUUCGAGCCCUUCGGAUGCCAUUAUCCGGACCGACCGAAGAAAUGCAACAACGCGAAGGUCUGCAAUCUCUGGCACAAAAGCGGCGUGAGGUACAUGAAGACCUGCCAGGCGUGCCCGGACAUCUACCCGUGGACAGGCAAGACCGGUAUACGUAGCAGUCGCAUCGACAACGAGGUCGACGCGCACGAAUGAGCUGUACAGACGGCAAACGCAGUUUUCGUUGCGAUCGGGAAGAGAGGGAAUUGGCCCAUCGUAUGAGAGGCAAACCCGAAUAACGCGAGCGCCCCACCGAAGAACGCGGCGGAACCCCAGACAGCAUCAGUUUCUGAAAGACGUCUCGAAGACGUUCUACUUUCUCUGAACAACUUCAAAACGUCUUUGCGAAGCUUGUGCUUUCCGGGAACGAAAGACAGGAAGGGAAAGGGGAAAAGAGAGAGAGAAAAAGGUAAAUUUGAUUGAUUUUGGUUAAAUUCGAUUGAAAAUUCGAUCUUCUAGUUGAGCUUAGUUAAAUAAGUAAAUUUAAUUAGAUUUAGUUAUCUCUUUCUCUCUCUCCCUCUCUCCCUCUUUCUCUCUCUCUCUCUCUCUCUCUCUCUCUCUCUCGAUUUUUUCUAACUUCUCGCGAAUUUCUUCGCGGCCGCCGCCGCGCGAGGGGAAGACACUCUCUUCCGUUCGGUUUAGGUAACCUCGAGUGCUGCACGCGCGCGUCCUCGCGGACAGACGCACUCGGGCCGAGUACGCCGAUGCAACGAGUGAUUCGCGCGAUGAGAAAGCUGUCUCUCGUGUGCGCCCGACCGAUCGGAGCUCUCGGGCUUCGUGAGCUCCGAGACCCUCGGAGCGAAAGUUCCUCGAACCCCCGAAGAGGGAGGGCGAGGAUGAAUCGCGGGGUGGCAUCGCCCCGCUCGGCCUCGUGUCGUUCACUCGUCGGCAAUCCUUUGCUCCUGGUUUCAUUUCUUCUUUAUUUCUCGUCUUAGUCGAGCGUCGAUAUCGACGUCGAUAUCGGGGACGUGCGGAGUUAAUUCGAGUCACGGAAAAAUGAAGAUCGCGCGAAGAGCCCACGGAUUUCUCUACUCCCCUUCGUUCUCUUCUUCCUUCACGCACUUUGUACCUUCCCUCGCAUUUCUCUCUCAUUUCUCUCAGCCGACUCUCCUUCCCGCUCUUACCCUUUCCUUCUCUCUGCCUCUCUCCUGUUCUGCUUCUUCUCUGACUCUCCCCUCUCGUUCUCUCUAUCGAAUUCGCGAACAUCCUUGGCGUACUCGGCCGAAUUCGGCCAAAUAGAGCAAUUAAUUCAAUCGCAACGCGUUAAUAAUUAAUCGUCGGGAUACGUAAGUAAUUAAGUGCCGGUCGCCGGAGACCAUCAUCAUUUCAUAAUUUAAAGAAACUCUCACGACAGCUCUCGCGGAGGUCUUAUUGCUCUUUGCGGAGAAAGAAAUAAACAAAACAGAAAAAAAAUAGAAAAGAGGAAAGGGUAAGAACCGAGGUAGUCUCGCCUUGACGAAGUAUCAUGCGCACGAGGGGAUCGUCGUGUUUACCUUUUAGAACGUAAAGUAUGUAAUAUGACUUUAUAAUAAAUAAAUAUUUCGCUACGAUA